UGCGUCGGCACGGCUCCGAGUCCGCGCGCGAUUUUUCCGCCUGUCGGAUCCCAACAGCAUGCGUGGCUCGACAGCGGGCAUCUCCAGCGUGUCAUUGGAUCGUUAUCGGGACACCAUCGCGAUAUUGAAGGAGCUUCGCGUCCGCGGGCCCUGUGCUCAUUCUGAUGGGCGAUGAGCUGGCAGUCCGUGCUAUGCGGGUGUUUUGACAGUGAUACGGAUUUAGCGGCCGAGUCGAUGCAUGAACGCGAUGACACACAACAAAUGAUGUGUCAGUCGGUAUGCUCUCGGGUGGAAAGGUUCCGCCCAUAUAUAUGACACGUCGUGAUGUAUUUUGCGCAGAUCAUGAUCAAGAAUGCUGGGUUGAUAUCGUCAUGUUUGAUCACCUUCAGAUGUCUGCGUCUUUGUCGGAACGGUGCUGUGCAUGUGAGUGGUGGCGUUGGGAUCAAGUUAUUUAUCCAACAUCCGCGGGGGGAUCUUUGAAAAGAGAAGAGGAGUUUCUUGUUGUUUGCAGGCUUGUGAUCUGGGAUUCUAGGAAUGUCGUUGUUUGCUUCAGGCUGUGCGCUAAAUUCGGCCUAACGUGCACGACUAUGGAGCUGGAUCCAAAUUAUGUAAUGCCACCGGCGGACAAAGUUGGGGCCACAGGCGUUGUCAUUGCCGACGCGGAUGCCGUGCGAAGACAUCUCCUUGGCUUGCGUGGAAGUGCAGCGGCGGGUUGCCAGCGCUACCGAUGUGCGGAGCCCGUCAGCGCUGAUCCCCAAGACAUUUCAAAGGACAGUGGGGACGAACAGAAGAGCGCUCGAUCUUCGUGCUGCGCAAGGACCGAACAUGGGUCGGACACGUUGGCGGCGACAUCCAAGAUGCAGUCGUCGCGAUAGGCGCGACAGAGCACGGACGCGUCCAGGCAAGUCCGUCGACAGCAAGUCAAAUUGAUGCGCUCUUUGGUCUCCGGGACGUCAGUGAUCGUGGCGCGUGCUGGAUUGCUUUGUCGUCGGUCAACAUUUCCAUCGGAGACGCCUCCUCGACGGACGUUGCGCUCUGCGGCUCGGACGAGAGGUGCGCGUAUACGUGAUCUUUACAGUUUUU